AUGGCAGGUCACUCACAUAGAUCAUCUUUGAAGAAUGGACACAAAUCUUACAAAUCAAAACAUGCUUCUAAAGGUGCUUUGAAGAGAUUAUACAAAGGAAAAGUGGAGAAGGAACCCGUGGGGAGUGGCAAACCAGACAAGCAGGUUUCAAAAUUACAACGUAGAAAUAAAUCAAAGCAAUUAAGAGCCCAAAAGAUCUUAGAUUCAAUCGAAAACAGGAAACUAUUCGAAGGCAAAAAUGGAGCUGCAAAAAUCAUUACUAUUGUUCCGCUAGUAGGCGAUUUGGACCCCUUAGACAUCCUUUACAAGCUAUUGAAGUCAUCAGACGAUGAGGAAAUCAUGAUCCAGGAGGUGGAAUCGAGACGUAUAUUUAACGUGUAUAUCAAAAAGUUCAAAAGCAAUUUGAAAAUCAUUAUUCCGGAUAUGACCAACUUCUUGAACAUCCUGGAUUGUGCCAAAGUAGCGGAUUUUGUUAUGUUCGGGCUUAGUGGUGUGAAGGAAGUCGAUGAAGAGUUUGGUGAACAAAUUAUUCGUGCUUUAGAACUGCAAGGUAUUGCGUCAUAUAUCGGUGUUAUAAGUAACCUUUCAGCAGUCCAUGAGAAGGAGAAAUUCCAAUUGGAUGUCAAGCAAUCCUUAGAAAGUUACUUCAAACAUUUUUUCCCAAGUGAGGAACGUGUUUAUAACUUGGAAAAGAAUUCAGACUCACUAAACGUUCUAAGAACAUUAUGUCAGAAACUUCCAAGAUCAAUCAAUUGGAGAGAUAACAGAGGUUACAUUGUCGCUGAUGUCGUUGAUUUCGUCGAGACUUCUUCCGAUUCCGGCGAAUUAGUCAUUGAAGGUACCGCCCGUGGUAUUGGGUUCAAUGCUAAUAGAUUAGUUCAUGUCCCUGACUUUGGUGACUUCCAAAUCAGUAAGAUAGAAAAAACUGGUGAAUCUUUGCAAAGGAGGAAAAUCAUGAAAGAAAAUGUUGUCAAUGGGGUGGGCUUGGAAUUGGAUUUACAAACAGUUUUCGAAAGUGAUAUGAAUAGAGACACUUUGGACGAGUAUGCCCCAGAAGACAUGGAGGAUUGGGCGGACUAUGGCGAGGAUUUCGAGUACGACGGUUUAACAACAGCAAGAUACGACGACCACGGAUACUUGCCAGGAAGAGAACAAGCAUCAAAAAAGACAACGGUUCCAAAAGGUACUUCCGAUUAUCAAGCCAAGUGGUAUUUGGAUGACGUCAUUGACGUAAAUGACGAAGAAGAGGUGGAACGUGCUAAUGGCAAAGAAGAAGCAAUGAUGGAUAUUGAUGAUGAGAUGAUGAUUGACCAAAACAAUGAAGAGAUAGUAGAGGACGAAGGAUACGAAAUAGAGGAUAAUGAGGGUUUUGAAGAACUUUCACCUGAAGAAGAAGAACGUCAACUGAGAGAAUUUAGAGAAAUGGAAAAGGAAGACAGAGAGUUUCCGGAUGAGAUCGAAUUAGUACCCAACGAAUCGGCUAUCGAACGUUUAAAAAGAUACAGGGGUUUGAAGAACCUAUACAACUGUGAUUGGCAGGUUGAUGAAAAAGAUCCAACAUCACCAGCGGAGUGGAACCGUCUAUUAAGAAUCGGUAAUUACAAAAACACUAAAAACAGAAUCAUAAAGGAAACAAAAAAUGAAGCACAAGCCGUUGCAGGCGAUCGUGUUAGGAUGUUUAUCAAGUUCCCAAAAUAUCUGUUAGAAAAGAUUCAGGACCCCAAACAGCGAUUAUUUACCGUUUACGGAUUACUGCUUCAUGAACACAAAAAUGCAGUGGUUAAUUUCUCAUUACAAAGAUGGGAAGAAUACGACAAACCUGUGCCUUCUAAAGAUCCGAUCGUGGUACAAUAUGGUGUUAGAAGAUAUACUAUUCAACCACUAUUUUCUCAGGGAUCCAACAGCCCCAACAAUGUCCACAAGUAUGAAAGAUUCUUGCAUCCAGAUACAGUAUCGGUCGCUACAUGUAUUGCUCCUGUAGAUUUUACCCAGUCCCCUGCAAUAUUUUUUAAAUCAUCACCAACAGAUGCCAAAAAAAUUGAACUGAUUGGUCACGGUACAUUCUUGAACGCAGACCAUUCGAGAAUUCUAGCAAAGAGGGCCAUUUUAACAGGCCAUCCAUUUAGGUUCCACAAAACCGUGGUCACUGUACGUUACAUGUUUUUCAGACCAGAAGAUGUGGAAUGGUUCAAGUCCAUCCCAUUGUUUACUAAAUCUGGUAGAGCAGGUUUCAUUAAAGAAAGUUUGGGUACGCAUGGUUAUUUCAAAGCUACGUUCGACGGUAAAUUAUCUGCGCAAGAUGUUGUUGCCAUGUCCUUGUAUAAGCGUAUGUGGCCCAUGCCUUCAUUGCCCUGGGAUGGUAUGUAA